CGCAAAGGAAAAGCGAAUUUAUGAUAAUAUUUGUCGAUUCGCAGCAACGGACGAGGCUGUUCGUAAUUCUGGAAGCGAGAUCACCGGUAUCAUUGCAACGUUUAAGGGUAAAAUUCCGUUUUAAUAUCGACGAAAAUCGAUGCGAGCGCGCUGGCUUCGUCACGGAAAAUGGCGAUCCCGGCCGGUAGAAACUUUGCAAGCUGCUACAUAGAGCUGUGUAAGCAACAGCGAUUGCGACCGUUGCCGGUGAUAUGUGUGACUCUGCCUCAUAGUCUGGACUUCACUACCGAUCGCAUUAAGCUAGAUGACUGGGGACCAAUCUUGAACUCUCUUUCUCUCGAUCGCUCGCUCAAAUCAAUCAGCGUACACAGCAGGUAUCAAUGUCGCAAACCGUUGGAAGAGAUAAAUUCUGAGGACAAGGCGCGAGCAAUGGGUAAGGCUCCGGUAGUCCUCACGCGUUACUUGUUGGAGUGGUUGUCGCAGAGCGUUGGCCAAUGUGUGAGAAAUUCGUCCAGCCUUACACAUCUAGAACUAGAAGGCAUUCCCUUUCCGCCAGAUUGCAUUGCGGUGCUCUGUGUCGGUCUGUCAGGAACGCAGACUCUAAACCAUUUGUCUCUUCGACGUUGCUACAUCGGCGACAAUGGCUGCGAGCUAAUCUGUCGAACGAUAGCAGACCUUCGCAGCAUGCGAUCAUUGAAUCUUAGCUACUGUGAUCUCACGCCGAACAGCGGUAGCGCGUUAGCGUCCGCGCUUUCAAGACAAAAAUUGGCAUUGUACCACGACACCUGGAAGCAAUCGUUGAGGUAUCAUGAGCCUAACUUCGAAACUAUGCCAGGUCUACGUCGGUUAACCUUGAACGACAAUCCUCAUCUGGGCAACUGUGCUGUGAGAGAAAUGAUCGAGGCGAUACGUGAUAGUCUGUGGAUGAAGGCAUUGGAUCUUCAACGUUGCGGCUUAACGGAUCAGAUUGGCGCAGAUUUGUUAAACCUACUUGACCAGAACAAUACGUUAGUUGUACUUGAUGUGAGAAAAAAUGCAAAUUUGAAUGAUGAGUUUGCAAUGGAGGUGAUGAGAAGGUUGGUGAAGAAUGACGUCGAAGGAAAAUUGGAAUAUAAGUGGAUAGGAUUAGCGCCAAAAGAUAAGACAAUUGCAUCGGCCGAUGCUCGAAGAAGUAGUGAGAACGAGGACAUCACGAAGCCUUCAAGAGUGCGAAGUGCUUUUAUUAAAUGUGCGAGGCGAUCAUGCCAGGUGAUUCCACCGAGGAGAACAGCUCCGGUAUUACUUCUACCAAAGAAAAUCCGAUCACCUUCGCCCCCAGUUCGUGAUACUCCUCAGCAACGUAAUUUAAUCCAUUCGGAAAUGAUCAACAAUGUACAAACGAUACCAAAGGUCUCCCUUCAUUUGGAUCUUCACUCUCGUUUGCAGCCCUCGGUAAAUCGCGUCGAUUGUGAUAUCUGGAUGCAAUCAAAACGCAAAAAUAACGCGGAAUGUUCCACUGAGACAAGCUUGAAGACUUUUGAUUCGAUUAACAGAAUAGAUGUUGGCACGCAAAGUGUGGACCAACAGGACGAUUCAGAAGAAAUCCAACGUAUUCUCACACAAUUGACGAAAACUCAAGCGGAACACGAUCGCCUUUUGGAGGAAACUAAACGAAUCGAUAUUCUGCUUGUUGAAGAACAAACGCGCCGCAAAACCGUUGAGAUAAACCUACGAUCAGCACAAAAUGACAUCGCUAAGCUAGAAGGUGCUCUGAAAAAGAAGGAAAACGAGACUAAAGGUUAUUUGUUAGUCAGUCAGCAAUCAUUGAAUGAAAUAUGCUUAUCCUUCGAUCGACUUCUGGAGUUGCUGGAGAAUGUCAUCGGUAAAUGUCCGUCCGAUAGAAUGCUGAGUUCGCAACAAAUCGCGAGCGCAGAUAUUAAGCGACACUUGGUGUCCAUCAUUAGACAAACCAAAUCGGAAAAUCUAAAGCGAGGCUAUAAAAUGGACGUUCAGUUGCCGCAAUAUAUGGAUAGCGCACGAAAAUUCGUCAAAUCUGAGAGCGAUGUAAGAUCAACAACGCCAAUCCCUACGACGCAUCUCGAGAGGAAAAUUGGCGAGUGCCCGGAGAACAAUGAGCCACGUUAUCGAUGUUACGACACUGAUAAGUCGAUGUCGUCGUCCGUCGAUCGAGCCCGAGCGAUCUUCGCGAGUAUCGUUAGCGGCGAAGCUGUACUUGACUUCUGCUAGUUAACUGACUGAUUAAGUUUGCAAUUGUGCAAAGACAAUUGCAUAGUAAAGUCUCUUUUCGGAAAUUUCAUACGUGGGAUGUAUAGAUACAUAUCUUGUAUAUCAUACAUAU